UGUUGCAUGAACCCUGAGGUUUCUCCCUUUGGGCUCUUCCCGCGGGGGUCGGGAGAAGGGAUUGCACAAGCCUGCAAACCGAAGAGGAACCAAGUCGAGCAGGGCGGGCGGAGAGCCGAGCGGCCACCUAGCUAUGUGGGAUAGUGGCACUGCAAGACCCUCCCACGCCCUCCAGCCUUACUUAACCCUCUCCCCCAGAGCCUCAGCCAUCAGCCCUCACCGUCCGCCCCCAGCGUGCAGGAGCAGAGACAGCAUGGGGCACACCAGCCUGCUGCUCCUUGUGCUCAUCCCGGCAGGUGCCCUGGGGAGCUGGAUUAUUGGGGGGAAGGAAGUCAAACCCCAUUCCCGGCCCUACAUUGCUUCCAUCCAGCUGGAUGGCCGGCACGUCUGCGGGGGAUUCCUGGUCUGGCGCAAGUGGGUGAUGACGGCAGCUCACUGUGUGAUUCCCAGACAUUCCCCCGCCGUGCGCAUCGUGCUGGGGGCUCACUCCCUGAAACACCAGGAGGCCUCUCAGCAGAUCUUCAGCCUCCGGGAAUCCGUCAUGCACCCGCACUUCAACGCCCGGACAGUCCACAAUGACAUCCGCAUGCUGGAACUGAACGCGUCGGCCACGUUUAACCAGUUUGUGAAGCGGAUCAGGCUCCCCAGAGCCAACACCGACCUCCCUCCCGGGGUCGUCUGCAGAGUGCUGGGCUGGGGCGACAGCUCCAAUUUUGGCACCGUCCCCACCGAGCUCCGGGAGACCCGGACGACCAUCGUGGACAGGAAGAUCUGCAAGGCGCUGUGGGUGGGUCACGUCAACAAGGACAUGCUGUGCGCCGCCAGCCUGAACAGCACCCUGCAGGGGGUCUGCUCGGGGGAUUCCGGGGGCCCCCUCAUCUGUGGGGGCAGGGUACACGGCAUAGUCUCCUUCUCCGGGCAGAGGUGCGGGAAUCGCAGGUACCCAGACAUCUACACUCGCAUUUCCAACUACAUCUCCUGGGUCCACGACGUCCUGAAGCGCUUUUAAUACUGGAGACGAGAGCUCUGGGGGCUCCUUGUGCGACGGGGACGCCGAAGAGGGGGAAGUUGGGACUAUGGAAAAGAGGGAGGGAUCGUUCUCUAUGGGGCAGUUAAUGUGCAUUUCAUUAU